AAGAUGAUGGGACAGUAAUGGUCGAUGUCUGAAUUAUGGAAGAGAAUUUUCAAAUUUCUUUACAUUUCCCAAAAACUAGCUCUUUUCGGUGCUAACUUUAUUACUUGUAUCCAUCCCUCUUUUCUAAUUCCGUCGUUUCUGUUUCUAGGGUUAGGAUUUGAUUUAGCAGACAAGGAAGAAAGUUCAGUAUUAGCUGAAAACCACCGCCAUAGCUCAUUCAUUCGUUUAGCCUUUCUAGUUUUUUCUUCUUUUUCUUUUCUCUUUUGUCCUGGAAAAGAGCAGGACAUUUUUGAGGGAGGGAGGGAGGGAGGGUUUGAGAGACAAUGAAGCGAGCAAAGCUCGAGACUUUGGCGUCUCCGAGUCGACUCAGACUGCUUCAACUUUUGAUGGGCGUGGUGUUGCUUUACCUACUCUUCAUGAGCUUCGAAAUCCCCCUGGUUUUCCGGACCGGGUUCCGGUCGGACUCGGACAACGGGGCAUUCGGGUUUCUCGAGGAUACGUUGCCUGGGCUCGUGCCACUGGAAAGCGGAGAGGAAUUGUCAGGCGAGGACUCCCUGCCGAAACAGCGAAUGCGCCAGUUCAGGAAAGUCUCGGGCUUGGUCUUCAACGACAGUCGAUUCGAUAGUAUUGCCGGAAAGGACGAGUUCUCUGAGCUUCACAAGGAGGCGAAGCGAGCCUGGGUGGUGGGAAAGAAACUCUGGGACGAUCUAGAUUCCGGGAAGAUCGAGCUUAAUGCGAAAACUCAGCUCGAGAACCGGUCGGAGUCGUGCUCGCAUUCCAUUUUGCUAUCCGGGAACGAGUUCCAGGGCCAGAACCGGGUACUGGUGCUCCCUUGCGGGCUAACGCUGUGGUCCCACAUCACAGUGGUGGGGACUCCGCGGUGGGCCCAUCCGGAGUACGAUCCAAAGAUAUCGUUGUUGAAGGAAGGGGACGAGCCGGUGAUGGUUUCGCAGUUUAUGAUGGAGUUGCAGGGGCUGAAGACCGUGGACGGCGAGGAUCCACCUAGGAUUCUGCAUUUCAACCCAAGGUUGAAAGGGGAUUGGAGUGGGAAGCCGGUGAUCGAGCAGAACACGUGUUAUAGGAUGCAGUGGGGCUCGGCGCUGAGGUGCGAGGGGUGGAAGUCUAGGGCGGAUGACGAAACAGUUGAUGGACAGGUGAAAUGUGAAAAGUGGAUUCGCGAUGAUAAUGAUCACUCAGAAGAAUCGAAGGUAACGUGGUGGUUGAGCAGGCUGAUUGGGCGGACAAAGAAGGUGUCUAUAGAUUGGCCGUACCCUUUUGCUGAAGGCAAAUUAUUUGUUCUAACACUGAGUGCAGGCUUGGAAGGUUACCAUGUCAAUGUAGAUGGGAGGCAUGUCACUUCUUUUCCUUAUCGCACUGGAUUUGUGCUUGAAGAUGCCACGGGACUUACUGUCAAUGGGGAUAUUGAUGUGUAUUCCUUGUAUGCUGCUUCCCUACCCACAUCGCAUCCAAGCUUUGGACUGCAGAUGCACCUUGAGAUGUUUACUAAAUGGAAAGCCCCACCUAUUCCAAAUGGUCAUGUUGAGCUUUUCAUUGGCAUUCUUUCUGCUGGAAACCAUUUUUCUGAGCGAAUGGCUGUGAGAAAAUCUUGGCUGCAGCAUAAGUUAAUUAAAUCUUCACAUGUUGUGGCUCGGUUUUUUGUAGCACUGCAUGGAAGAAAGGAAGUAAGUCUGGAGCUAAAGAAAGAAGCAGAGUAUUUUGGUGAUAUUGUUAUAGUUCCUUACAUGGAUAAUUAUGAUCUUGUUGUGUUGAAGACUAUAGCAAUCUGCGAAUAUGGGGUUCGCACGGUGGCUGCCAAGUAUAUCAUGAAGUGUGAUGAUGAUACAUUUGUUAGGGUGACUGCCGUGAUCAAGGAAGUGAGAAAAGUUGACAAAGGUAGAAGCCUUUAUAUUGGAAAUAUGAACUACCACCACAAGCCCCUCCGUCAUGGCAAAUGGGCUGUGACAUAUGAGGAAUGGCCAGAGGAAGAUUAUCCGCCUUAUGCAAAUGGUCCGGGUUACAUUUUGUCAUCUGACAUAUCACAGUUCAUCAUAUCUGAGUUUGAAAAGCAAAACUUAAGAUUAUUCAAGAUGGAAGAUGUGAGCGUGGGAAUGUGGGUGGAGCAAUUUAACAGUUCAAGACCAGUGCAGUAUCUGCACAGCUUGAACUUCUGCCAGUUCGGGUGCAUUGAAGAUUAUUACACUGCACAUUACCAAUCUCCAAGACAAAUGACAUGCUUGUGGGACAAAUUGCAAUCCCAAGGAAAAGCCAAGUGCUGCAACAUGAGAUGACAAUGAAACGAUAUGAAAGAUAGAUAGUGUUCGCCAUACAAAUUUUGCAGUUUUAGCAUACUUCGUGUAAAUACUCGAACUCGGGGUUAAAUGUAGAUAUUCGUGUCAAUCA